AUGGACUCACCACUGAACGUAGAUAUCCAUAUCUUUGAGGACUUUAAUUUAUUGUUGUCAUCAAAGCAAUUUUCUCAUGUUGUCAUGCAUAUAGGUCGUGAUGAUAUGCAGAUGUGUGAGCUGAACCUGGAGGAGACUGGGCUGACUCGGAAACGAGGGGCUGAGAUUCUUGAGCAGGAAUUUGAGCGGGAGUGGAAGAAGCAUGGUGGAUCAUCCUAUGUCCCCAGCCCUACCCAGCGCCCUGCCCGGCGCUGA